AGUAGUGUUAGAAUGGCUGUACCACAGCGAGAUCUUAUAUUUGGAGCGGGUGAUUAUGCAGUGUUUGCUGUCAUGUUAGCAGUAUCUUUGGCAAUCGGGAUAUACUAUGGAAUAAGAGACCGUGGUGCAAAGAAUGGUGUUCAAACAUAUCUCAUGGGCGGAAGACAGAUGCAUUUUGCUGCUGUUGGAAUGUCCAUAAGUUUUUCGUUUAUUUCUGCUGUAACCAUUCUCGGUAUACCUUCAGAAAUCUACAUUUUUGGUUCAAUGUACGUUUGGUUGUUGGCUUGUUUACCAAUAGUUCUACUUAUCACAACAGAAAUUUACAUUCCGUUAUAUUUUCGGCUGAAUAUUACGAGCACAUAUGAGUAUUUACAGCUACGUUUCAACUAUGCAGUCCGUAUUCUUGGAACAUUGGCAUACAUUGCACAAACGGUAUUAUAUAUCGGUGUCAUGAUUUAUGCGCCAUCACUGGCAUUUUCACAAGUGUCAGGGUUCAACUUAUGGGCUGCUAUUUUUACAACUGGGAUUGUCUGCACGAUUUAUACCACAUUGGGUGGAUUGAAAGCCGUAAUUUGGACUGAUGUGUUUCAAGGAGCCGUGGUGACAGUCAUUCUUAUUGUUGUUAUGUUCAUGAGUGCGGAUAGCGUAGGAGGAUGGAAUGAAGUUUGGCUUGCAAACUCAAGAUCGAAUCGAUUUGAUUUUUUGAAUUUUGAUUUCGAUCCACGAGUUCGUCACUCAUUUUGGAGCAUUAUAGUUGGUUUGACAAUGCUUUGGACCAGUAUAUUUGCAACUACACAAUCACAAGUACAACGCUACUUAGCGUGUUCAACAGAACGAAAUGCGAAAUUUUCCAUGGUCUUUGGUCUGAUUAUUGCAGUUGUCGUACUCUUAUUAUGCACGGGACUUGGAUGGGUGAUGUAUGCAUACUUCGAAGGAUGUGACCCCCUUAUUUCUGGCCAAGUUUCUGCUCCUGACCAGUUACUUCCAUUCAUGAUAAUGAAACUAUUCCAACAAUAUCCCGGAUUAACAGGGGCAUUCAUGGCUGGAGUAUAUGCAGGAUGCAUGAGUACGGUGUCAUCCGGAAUAAAUGCAAUGGCUUGUGUCACUUCUGAAGAUUUCAUUCGUCCGUUUGUCAAAUGGACUGAUUCUACUAUGACGAUAGUGGCCAAACUUCUUGUUUUUGCUUAUGGGAUCAUCUGUAUUGGAUUUGCAUGUCUCUCUACGGUGCUUGGUAAUAUCUUACAAACAACACUCAGUUUACUCGGUGUUAUCGGUGGACCCACGCUGGGGCUUUACACACUAGGAGCUAUAUUUCCGAUGGCAAAUUCUUGGAGUUCAUUUGCUGCAUUUUUCGUUGGUCUUGCUUUAAACACGUGGAUUUAUGCCGGGAGUAGAGACUACCCUCUUUCACCACAACUGACUGUUCAGUUUUGGAGGCCGAAAGUAAGAACCAUAGCCCAAUGUCCAGUACCGGAUGUUGUUACCACUGCAUUGAUGAAUUCAACUGUUGUAACGUAUACGACUCCACUUACCACCGCUGACGUCAGUGUAUUCAACAUUACCACAACUCCUGCGCUGCUGCCGGUGGCACCAACAGAGCGUCCACCCGUAGCGGAUAUGUACGCGGUAUCCUAUGCCUACUACACAUCUAUAGGAAUGUGUACAACUCUGAUUUUUGGUCUUGUUGUAAGUCUGUUGACAUGUGGACAUCGUAGAGCAAAAGACAUCGAUCCGAACCUGGUCGUACCCUUGUUCGAUCAUUGGCUCAUCAAGCCUGCUUUGCCGAAAUCUUUCCGAAGAUUAAUGUGGUGUGGCAUUGAUCGUGAAAAUUGGGAUGAAGAUUCGUAUCGACCACCUACACGAGAAUCUCCAAAGAAAGAUACAGAAAAUGGCGAAGAAAAUCCCGCGUUUGAAAUGAAAUAAAACGCUCACGAAGUUGAUGAAAUAUAGUAACGAUCAUCAAAUUUGCAUAAUAAAAAACUAAACUAACUGAAAUCAAUGAGUAGUGUACACUACUGGGUGCAAAGAAACUACUAUCGAAAUUCACCGAUCGUCUCCAAGAAGCAAAAAAAUUCCAACUCCAGCUGUCUUCGUCCAAUCUAAUCUGUGAAAUCGGCUAAGGUUGAGAGAUUUGACGGACAUGAAGUUUUUCACCAAGUUCAGAGACUGAAUAAAGUGAUAUUCAUGACCUGAGAUAGACUAGAGUGCAUGUUGCUAGGUACAGCAACUUAGUUGGUGUCAAACCAAUUUGGAGUCAUCUUUAUCAUAAUGCAUUAUUAUUUUAAUAUAUCUAUAUAACUAUUAGUGGAAAGUUUUAUACCCAAUGAUUUUAUAUUUGAAAUGAUGAUAAGUUUUUAAAUAAAUAUCACUGAACAGAG